AUGUAUGUGCCUAUUCAAAUUCCGAUCACACAUUCCUUUUACUUCCAUCGAAAGGAAGUAAAGGGUGUUUGUUCUGAUCCCAUUUCCUUCUUUUUUUCCCGGUUGCCCCGAGCUGCUGCACGAGGUGCGCAGCUCAUCGUCACGACGUCGUCUCCAAAGCGCCGAAAGAUCUCGCCCGAACCCUGCAUCAGCCCUGGCCGUCGGGCUCGACGUCAGGGCCGCUCUGAACCACCGUUUUCACGCCACGGUUCCUCAUCGUCUCGUCGCUCAAAGAGUUUGUCGCUUUCCCCACCAUCGUACGUUCCUGCGCAUCUGCGGUUUCAGUCCGGAAGUCCGCCUGGCCGCUACCUGAUCCCCGCAAUCGCGACCUCCGAUAUGCCCUCCGACGCUCAAGCGGGCACACCUCCGAAGGAUGGUCGCUCUCCUUCGCCAGGUGAAAAGCGCCCAGUGUCGGAGAUCGUGGAUUCGGAUCCCGAAGGUGGGGUGAGCACAACUGCCUUCACUAGCAGCCUGCGCAACGGUGUCACUUCCCGCGCACACCACAAACAUCAAGCAUACCGUAUUUAUGGCAGUGAUGGCGCAGAUGACUAUUCGCCUUCGGCCAAUGAGGAGUCUGCACCGGGAUCACCCAAACACGAUGAAAUCCCAACCGUGCAUGAGCAGGUUGCGCAGGUGAAUGCGCUGAUGAAAGCGCCCUUGGAGAAAGGACAAAAGGGUUAUGUGGUGUCCAUGUUAUGGCUGAAGCAAGUGCUUGCUCGCACUACGUCUCCUGCAGAUCACGCACUCAAAGCAUCUUUGGAGGCUGACAUUGGUCCUGUCAGUAACCUGAACAUCAUGCUCGACACCGACCAAGCCCUCCCUGCCUUAAAAGAUGAAUGUGGCGAAAGAUUUGUGCCGCUGCAACCUGAUUUGCAAGAUUCUGUUGACUUCAGGAUUAUUCCACAGGAGGGUUGGGAACUCAUCAAGCAGUGGUAUGGCAUUGAUGAAAACUCGCCAGUAAUCAUCAGGUAUGCCCGCAACGUCAACCCAGCUGGCGAAGCUGAAAAAGUGGAAUACGAGAUCUAUCCACCUGUUCACACAAUUUUCAAAUUAUUCAACCCCGCGGCAGGCACCACACCGAGUGUUCUUAGAGAGCGCAACAAGUCGGCGGUGAGAAUAUUAACGAGCCGCUACGCGAACUUCCAGAAAUGGCUGAAGGAUGCCAAAGAACAGGCUGGCAUCGAUAUGUCCACCAAGGUUCGAGUUUGGAACAUCCUCCAACUCCCAAGCAGCACAAAGGCAUCCGCCUCAACUAGUCCCGCUGUCUCCCGCACUCAGUCGCCAGCCCCUCCCUUCGCUCUUACCCCCAAUCCAACCGAUAAAUUGCUUUUCGACUUGAACACCUUCCUCGAGCUCACGGAAGGUACUCACCGUGUGUCGCUAGGACACAUCAAAGAUCAAACGAAUAAUGCCAACUACAAUGGUCAUAUGACCCUGGGUAUCGCGGGCCUGGAAGCUGCCAGGUAUCUCAUUCUUGAGGAGCAGGUGGGCGGCCCCAAAGGUGGGGAAUGGAUAUCUGAGGUUUCUGCCAAAACCCUCAAGAGCCUGGGUAUUCCGGUCGUGCAGCCGGACAGUGACAUCGCCCCCAAAGCCGCUGUUCGCAAACACCCUUCUCCCGAACUCCCUGCCGCUAAGGCUGCGACCAAGGCCUCAAAUUCCAGCGGCACCCCUGAGUCGGAACCCGAUCCAGUUAGGUCAAUCAUUACUCGAGGUCGGAAAAACGGAAAGGUUGUUGCGGGACUGAAUAAUUUAGGUAACACGUGUUACAUGAAUUCGGCCUUGCAGUGUGUUCGGAGCGUGGAGGAAUUGUCUUACUACUUCCUCAGUAAUCAAUACAAACGACACCUAAACCCAGACAAUGUGCUCUCGUGCGAUGGUGUCAUGGCGAAACAGUACGCCGAACUUCUCAAGGAGAUGUUCCAACCAAACGGGGCUGCCAACCCAAAAGCGUUCAAGGGAGCCCUUGGUGUUUACCGUCGAGAUUUCCGUGGUUACGGCCAGCAAGACAGCCAAGAAUUUGUCAUGUUCCUCCUGGACGCACUGUCCGAGGAUCUUAGCCGUAUUGUUGGCAAGAAGCCGACUACUACCGUCCCAGAUUCAACGGAUGAAAUGAUCAACGAUCGCAAGGCCCUUGAAGCAUUCGGCCAGACAUGUUGGGAUCUCUACGAGUCCCGCAACGCCUCUGUUAUCACAGACCUGUUUGCCGGCAUGUACAAGUCAACGUUGGUUUGUCACAGUUGUGAAAAGACCAGCAUCAUUAUGGACCCUUUCACGAUGGUGUCUGUGCCGGUUUCAGACGGUGCGGAUUUCCGUGAUCAAUCAAUCAUCUUCUCGCCCCUCGAUGGGCCACCCGUGAAAUUGAACGUACGCCUCAAUGUUCAUGACACAUUGAAGGCCUGGAAGGAUUUUGUCGCCACGAAGAUGGGUAUUGAGGGGGAAAGAAUUUUCGCGGCGGAGACUCAUGAUCACUCUUUCUGGCGCCAUCUCACCACGGAUAAUGCUAGUUGGUCCAGCCUUCACAUUAGUUCGAGUGAUGUCGUUGUGUUCUUUGAUUUGGGCCCUCUUCCGGCGUCCACACAAUCCGCUGACUCAACCUCUGCUAAAGAGGAUGGAAUAAUUGUGCCGAUAUUCCACCGCAGGCUUGUUCCGCAGGACGACAAAAGACCUCGUAAGCUUUUCGGCGCGCCGUCUCUAAUCCGUCUCACUGCCGAAGAAUCCCGGAGUCUUGAGAAGAUUUACCACAAGAUUCUGGGUCAGGUCAAUAACAUGACCACUCUUGAUAUCUAUGAUGUCGAGGAGAGCGCAUCUGACGACUCGGAGACGGUUGUGACUAACGAGGAUGAUGUGCGCUCCGCAGAUUCCUGUAUCAAAACAUCGUCUGUUGAAGGCGAAGACAUUGUCAAUGUUUCCGUGCAGAGCAGCGAAAAUCCUAAGCCUGUCGAGGAAAACACAUCCCAGCAUCCUCUGUCUGGCAAGAUCUCUGCCAACCUGUUGGCACUCUUCGUCUUGAAGGUUAUGAGCACCACCGCUCAUAUUCCUGAUGGACGUGACAUAGAUCGUACGAAAGACUACACCCCCCUUACCUCUCGGAUGACCUCUCCACCGGCUUCUAGGAAGGUAUGUGUGGUUCAUCUUCGAUUUCCUUCAUUUCCGCUUGCUAACAUCCGCCAGGGAUCCGACAAUUCGUCCAACGCGUCGGCAGAUGCCAACAGUGGUGGCGACGAUACGGAUGACUCGGAAUCCGGUUCCAGCAUGCCGCUUCUUCGCCAAGGUGACGCCGUCUUGCUUGACUGGACCCCCGAUGCCGUUGAUGCCCUUUUCGGCGGCCGGGCACAUGACCCCUCGGAGGUCCGAGGUCGCCUUACUACUCACAAGGACUCACCAAACCUCGACCUCACUCGCGUUAGAAAACAAUGGCAGCUCAAGGGGCCAGUCUCUCUUGACCAAUGCCUGGACUACUUCAGCAAAGAAGAAGUCCUUAGUGCAGGGGACAGCUGGUAUUGUCCUCGGUGCAAGAAGCACGUAUCCGUGACCAAAAAGUUGGAGCUGUGGAAAACGCCAGACAUGCUAAUCUUCCAACUCAAACGCUUCAGCGCUUCCGCAACCGGGAGCACCAACAAGAUCAGAACACUAGUCGAUUUCCCUCUCGAAGGACUGGAUUUGAGCAAUCGGGUCGUAGGACCUAACGACGGAAAGACUGCUGUUUACGAUCUGAUUGCCAUCGACCGCCACCAUGGUUCUCUGCAUGGUGGCCAUUACACAGCCUACAUUAAGGACUUCAUCUCGGGCAAGUGGCUUGUGGCUGAUGACAGCAGUAUCCGUCAUGUAAGAGAGGAUAGGCUCGUCGACGAGAGUGCCUAUCUGCUCUUUUACCGUCGUCGGUCCGAUCGUCCACUUGGUAGCUCAGAACUGCGCGCGCUGGUCCAAUCUUACCAAAAAAGCCCCGAAAGCGAUGGUGAGAGUUCUGCUGGCUCCAGCAGCGCGGAGAGUUCCGCCGGCCCCAGCAGCCCCCGGCGUUCCCUGUCACCGUCAUCCGAUAGUAGCCAGACCGGAGCAGAACAGACUCCGCGAGUGAGCCGAGGGCAGGAUUCCCUCGGCAACGAUCUGUACUCUUCCUCGGAGGAGAGUUCUGAGAGCUCCGAAGAGGAUGACGAUGACAACGAUGAGACAGAAGAUUUGGAGACCACCAAUGACGAUUUGGAGACCACCAAUGACGAUUUGGGUAGCCAACGUUCGUCGGCUGAGCCCGUGGACGUUCAGCAUGAGCUCACUCCUGGGCGGGAGGAGGAUGAAUCCUCCGAUGAACUCCCUGUUGUUGAACUCCAUGUUGAGGAGUCGGAGUAG